CUGGACUCCACCUCAGGAUCAGUCACACACGAUAGGAGGGCAGAAGACUUCUCACCCUUUGAGGCCUGAUUGAAUUGAGAUGCCAAACCUGGUUAAACACUGUUGGUGGAUCCUUAUUUUGAUUCAUCAGGCCAUAGGGGCAGUCCGCACCAACCGUAUGGAGGACUCUAACCCCAACCUGAGGAUGAUGGAGGCAGCUUUUCUGUCUAAUUUAGGUAAGGAUGCCUUAUCCAGAGUGGAUCCUAUAAAUCUGGACAUAGACUCAGUGGAAGAUCAGCUGAUGGAUGAACCUGGAUCAUAUGAUGACUUUCGACAGGAUGCUCGCCAGGCUGUGCAGCUCCAGAGCAGGUCCACCAAGGCACCACGUCGCUGCAUCCCGCACCAGCAGUCCUGCCUGGGGCACCACAUCCCCUGCUGUGACGCCUGCGACACGUGCUACUGCCGCUUCUUCAUGGCGUACUGCUACUGCCGCAACAUGGACCCCACAUGCACACACAGGCGUCCGUAGCACAGCCAGAGCCAUGGAUAGGACUGCACACAGACUCAGAGACAGAUGGAGGUUCCAUUAUCAGUAUGUCUAUGUGAUUUUGUUGUUAUGAUUCAUUAAUACAUGAUUAAUUGUGGUUGGUUUUGUGCGUUUUGUGUGUGUCAUGUCAGA